CUUUCCGGUGGCUUGUUGUGUCUCAGUUGAGUUUGGCAUAUCGGCUUUUUUACUCUUGAACAUUUGUUAAAUAAAUACAAAAAAACCCACAAUGUCCCGAGGAUCAAGUGCGGGAUUCGAUCGACACAUUACGAUUUUCUCUCCUGAGGGUCGCCUGUACCAAGUAGAAUAUGCAUUCAAGGCUAUAAACCAAGGCGGCCUGACGUCAGUUGCGGUUCGAGGUAAAGACUGCGCAGUAGUUGUUACACAGAAAAAAGUGCCGGACAAGCUGUUGGACUCCAGCACUGUCACUCAUCUCUUCAGAAUAACUGAGAACAUUGGGUGUGUGAUGUCGGGGAUGACAGCCGACAGCAGAUCCCAGGUCCAGAGAGCCCGAUAUGAAGCGGCCAACUGGCAGUACAAGUACGGCUACGAGAUCCCGGUGGACAUGCUGUGCAAGAGGAUGGCCGACAUCUCUCAGGUCUACACGCAGAACGCUGAGAUGCGGCCUCUGGGCUGCUGCAUGAUCGUGAUUGGCGUCGACGAGGAGUUUGGCCCUCAGGUUUAUAAGUGUGACCCCGCCGGCUACUACUGCGGCUUCAAGGCGACGGCGGCGGGAGUGAAGCAGACAGAGGCCACCAGCUUCCUGGAGAAGAAAGUGAAGAAGAAACUGGACUGGACCUUCGAGCAAACCGUUGAGACGGCGAUAAGCUGUCUGUCAACAGUGCUGUCCAUCGACUUUAAACCCUCCGAACUUGAGAUCGGGGUCGUGACCACAGAGGAUCCCAAGUUCAGGAUUCUGCCGGAGGCUGAAGUGGACACACACCUGGUCUCCCUAGCAGAGAGAGACUGAGAGCUGCUUCUGAGCUUAGCUAGCAGGAGGAGAAUGGAGCGAGUGCUGUUUCCUGUAUAUUUACCCUGUUCCAUUAA